UGUUUCAAGCAUUAAGAGUUGGUUUUUCUUUUUCAUUUAAUUUCCUUUUCCCCAUGGCUCCAAUAUUAUUGCUCCUUACUGGUUUUUUGAUAUCUGGCCUGGAAUUAACAGGAGCACAAUCUGUUGGCGUAUGUUAUGGACGAAAUGGAAACAAUCUACCAUCUGAUGGAGAAGUUGUCGAUCUGUAUAAAAGCAAUGGCAUUGGAAGGAUGAGGAUAUAUGAACCAUAUCAAACAACUCUCGACGCCCUUAGGGGAUCAAACAUAGAACUCAUCAUUGGCAUGCUUAACAGCAAUCUUCAAGCCCUCACUGAUGCUACAGCUGCAACAAAUUGGGUCCAAAACAACAUAGCAAAAUACUGGCCUGAUGUCAAAUUCAAAUACAUUGCUGUUGGGAAUGAAGUACAUCCUGAUUAUGCUGAAGCCCAGUUUGUUCUACCUGCCAUGCAAAACAUUCAUAAUGCAAUUGUAGCUGCCAAUUUACAAGACCAAAUUAAGGUUUCAACAGCUAUAGAUACAACUUUGUUGGGCAAUAAUUCCCCUCCAUCAGCAGGUUCAUUUAGUGAUAGUGCAAGUUCAUAUAUAAUCCCAAUUAUCAACUUCCUAGUCAGUAAUGGGGCACCACUAUUAGCCAAUGUUUACCCUUACUUUGCCCAUACUUAUCAGCCUCAAGACAUAAGCCUUCCAUUUGCCUUAUUUACUUCACCAGGGGUUGUGGUACCAGAUGGUAGUCUUCAAUACCAAAAUCUCUUUGAUGCAUUGUUGGAUGCACACUAUUCUGCUCUUGAGAAAGUUGGUGCACCUAAUCUACAAAUUGUAGUAUCAGAGAGUGGUUGGCCAUCUGAAGGUGGUACUGCAGCUACUAUAGACAAUGCAGGCACUUACUACAACAAUUUGAUAAAUCAUGUGAAGGGUGGGACUCCAAAGAAGUCUGGACAAGCAAUAGAAACUUAUUUGUUUGCCAUGUUUGAUGAAAACCUCAAGGAUGGAUUAGAAACUGAGAAACAUUUUGGUGUAUUCUCUCCUAACAAACAACCCAAGUACCAAAUCAGUUUCGGUUAGCUAGUGUGGUUAGACUUGCAUAUUUGUUUUAAUUUUAAGUAAGUGUUCCAUGAGCUAUGUAUCCCCUUUAAAUGUUAAACUAAAUCACUCUUCUAAUAAAUAAGCUCCCUACAAUUAUAA